AUGGAUAAAGAAAACCACUCAAUGAUGACUGAGUUUAUCUUUAUGGGCAUCACUCAGCUGCAGAUCAUCUCUUUUGCAGUCUUCCCCAUGGUCUACCUGGCCAAUGUAGUGGGGAAUGUUGGGAUGAUUAUCCUGAUCAUGACAGACACUCAGCUUCACACACCCAUGUGUUUUUUCCUCUGCAACCUCUCUUUUGUCGACCUGGGCUGCUCCUCAGCCAUUACCCUCGGGAUGCUGGCUGUCUUCAUAACAAAGCCCAAAGUCAUCUCUUUUCCCAGUUGUGCCACCCAGUUUGCGUUCUUCAUAGGCUUUGUGGAUACUGAGUGCUAUGUCCUGGCUGCCAUGGCCUAUGACUGCUUUGUGGCCAUCCGUCAACCCCUCCACUACAGCGCUUUCAUGUCCAAGUGAGUCUGCUUGGCUCUCAAGCUGGGUUCCUACCUGGCCGGCUUGGUGAGUUUAGUCACCCACCCUUCCCUCACUUUCAGUCUGAGUUACUGUGGUUCCAACAUCAUCAAACACUUCUUCUGUGAAAUCACACCACUCUUAGCUCUCUCUUGCUCAGACACAUACAUCAGCAAGAUCUUGCUCUUCAGUCUCUAUGGCUUCAUUGAAUUCAGCACCAUCCUCAUCAUCUUUAUCUUCUAUGCUUUCAUCCUCAUUGCAAUUAUCAGAAUGCGCUCAUCUGAAGGCUGCCUUAAGACUUUCUCCACCUGCGGGUCUCACCUCACUGGCAUCACACUUUUUAAUAGCACAGCCAUCUUUAUGUAUCUGAGGCCAACAUCCAGCUACUCCCUGGAUCAAGACAAAUGGACCUCUGUGUUCUACACUGUUAUCAUCGCCAUGUUGAAUCCCUUGAUCUACAGUUUACAGAACAAGGAUGUGAAGGCUGCUCUCAAAAAAAUAAUUGGGAAGAAACCUCAGUAA